AUUUUUGUAUUAUUGUUUUGAUAUGAGAAACACAGCAAUAAUUUCGAUACUAAGUUGAAUCCAUGAUCAAGAAAAGUUCGUGGAAACAAUUUGUCUCCGAUUUAGGAGUGUUCGAGGUGAAUUUUACCGAAUUUUUCCUUCAAAUGUGGGAAAUGCUUCUAAAUGCAUGAAUCGACUGAUUCUGGUCUUGGUCUUGGGUCACCAAGUAUGGAAAAUAAUACUUCACAUCGCCGUCAUUCUUGCUCAUCAGAAACCUUUCUAAAAGAACGAGGCUUCUGUACGGCUUUGUAUGACUAUGAGGCCGACGAUAUCGAUGAAUUGACUUUCACAGCCGGAGACAGAAUUGAAAUACUAAGUCGUGAUCAAGAAGUUAGCGGUGAUGAAGGUUGGUGGGUUGGAAGGGUUCUCAAGAGUCCUCAUGAUAAAAUUGGCUUGUUCCCUUCAAACUAUGUCCGGACGGAUGAUGCUGUUAUUUUUGAAAACUUUGAGGAUACUAGGCUACCUUUAGAAGUUGAUUUUUCUUGUAUUGAACUUACUGAAGUUAUUGGGGUUGGUGGUUUCGGGAAGGUCUAUCGUGGCGUCUAUAAGGAACGCGAAGUUGCUGUAAAAGUAGCUCGCCAAGAUCUGGCUGAAGAUUUAGAAAAAACUCGUGAAAAUGUACUUGGCGAAGCUCGUUUAUUUUCAAUUUUAUCACACUUGAACAUUAUCAAUCUUUAUGCGGUAUGUUUGCAAGAUCCUAACCUUUGUCUUGUUAUGGAGUAUGCUAGAGGCGGUUCAUUAUGUCGUGCCCUUUCACAACAUGGUAAAGAUAUUCCUCCCGAAGUUCUACUAGACUGGGCCAUACAGCUGGCGAGAGGAAUGAAUUAUCUUCAUGUUGAGGCACCUAUUAAUCUUAUUCAUCGCGACCUCAAGUCGGGCAACAUUCUGUUGUUGAAUAAAGUCAAUGAGAAAGAAUAUAAUGGCAAUGUCCUUAAGAUCACAGAUUUUGGUCUCGCAAGAGAGAUUAAAAACACAACUAGGAUGAGUGCAGCUGGGACUUAUGCCUGGAUGGCACCCGAGGUCAUUAAACUAUCAAAAUUUUCCAAAAGCAGUGAUAUCUGGAGUUAUGGUGUAGUCAUAUGGGAAUUAUUGACUGGACAAGUGCCAUAUCAUGGUAUUGAGCCUAUGGCUAUAGCGUAUGGCACUGCUAUGAAUAAGUUGACAUUACCUAUUCCAUCAACUUGUCCAAAGGAAUUUGCCGAUCUUAUGAAAGUUUGUUGGAAUCAAGAUCCACAUGAGCGACCUUCAUUUUCUAAGAUCAUCAAGACAUUGGAGGAAAUUGAGAACUCCAACUUUGUUGCAACUGAACACGAGUCCUUCCGUACAAUGCAGAAUGACUGGCAAACUGAGAUCAAUGAAAACUUUGCAGAGCUAAAAAUAAGAGAAAAGGAUCUAUCAUCUAGAGAGGAAGAAUUGGAGAAAAUGCAGCAUGCCAAUGAGAAUCACGCCGAAGUUUUGAAGAAGAGAGAAAAAGAACUUCAUGAACGAGAAAUGAACCUUUUAGAGAGGGAAAUCAACAUUAUUAUUCAGAAGCAAAAUCAGAAGCCAUCUCCACGUAAAAGAAAAGGAAAAUUUUUCCGAAUGAAGUUGAGAUUGUCUGGUCGCGAAAAAAUAAUGAGAAGCGAAAUCAGCGAUCCAAUGGGUUUUACUCAUAUUAUUGGGGUUCAAGCGACCACAUCCGAAGUUGAUAAAACUGGAUCUUUGCCAACUUCUCCGAUAUGGUCACCAAAUCUUGGCGGUCUCCGUAUCUUCUCUUACAAUACUAUCGAAGACCCUCCGUGUCCUCAAGUGAACCACAUACCCAAGAAAAAAGGUCUUACGUGGGGACCUAGUACUGCCGCGCAGAAGGACAAAUCAAAAACUGCAUCUCCAAAUCAAACUCAAAACAAGUCAAAAUCUCCUAAGAUCAACCAUCAUCACCGGAGCACUUCAGCACCCAACCUUGACUCGAAUUCGUCCAAUGGAAUGAGCGCUUGGGAAAGUGCGGAAAGUUUAGAUCAUGACGAUGCUUCUAAUAUGUCAGAGAUUGGUAGUACUUCCACUUUAUCACGUCUACGAAGCAGAACGUCUCGAAAGCGAUGCGACAUAGCCAUGUGUAACAUAGGCUUACUGUUGAUUACUAUUACUGGUAUUGAUGCUAGGUCUAUCGUUGUUGCCCGCGAGGAGGCCAUUUUAGAAGAGCAAGGCACUAAAAAGAAAAGGUCUGUUUCGUUUACUAAGAAUAAAGCAGAACCUGUUCUAACGGGAUAUCGUGCGGGCAACAUGUGGAAAAGUAACUCUAUAUCAAGUGAUGAGACAAGCUCAGGGAAUGAUGGAAUUUUUAAUACCACUUUUUUCACGGAUAAACAUCGGACGCAGUCGCUGGGUCGCCGGUCAAAAUCCUCUAGCCAACCGAAUGUGGAUGGCGUUUAUAGAAGAAUAGACUCGGAAUCUUCCGUAUUCACCGAAAGUGAGACGAUACGAAGCAAUGCUCCGUUGCUAAGCAACAAAACAAGCUCGCGAAACAAACAUGGUCGUUCAAAUAAGGCUGCUAAGCACGUUUUAAAAAGUAAAUCUUCCGAUUCUUUACCUCGAAAUACGCAUGAUGCAAAAAAAAAUUCGCCCUCUGAUUCCCAUGACCAGCGGUAUUCUUUACCGGACAUGGAGUCCCAACUUCCACCUCCUCAUUCGUCGAGUCGCGACCCUUCACUGCAGGGUGGGCUCAAACUGGAAUUGAACGGAGGAAAGAAGGUUAAACUCCGGGCUCAGAAAAGCAGCAGUUCCACGGAAGAAUCAUCAACACCUUCAAGUUUAACUCCCGAGUCAGAAACUGCUAAAGGAGUUGACGACCAUCGCCUGCGUGCUGGCAGGACUGCUUCAGCAACCACAACUGAUUUAUAGCUAACGACCUAUUGUGUAGGCUCUCUCAAAUUUUAUCUAUAUUUUGUACAUACGAACAUUCUUUUAAAGUAUUGAUUUUCACAAUCAGGCUGGGACUCAGGUGACAUUUCUAUGAAUUUUUUGAAUACCGACAGAAUGUGACGGUGUUACAAAUACCUCACUCCAAGUCCUAUACUGAUCAGUGACGAUCGUAAUUUAAUCUGAAGUACAUUUUAAUGAAUGCAUUGUAAAUUAGGCUAUUAUUUUAUUAUUUGUUUAUUGAUUCCGGUCAAUUAAAGGAAGAGAUAUACCAUUUUAACAAUAUGAAAUUUAGUAAAAACCGAAAUUAUUAAAAUUCCAGUAAUUUUUUAA